GGUAGUUAGUUGGUAGUUAUGGAAAGCGAGUCUUGAGAUGGCUCCGAUUGGAGGAGAAGACGAGGACGUGAAUAUGAAAAAGAAGGCGAAAGAGUCUCUGGAGCUGAGCCAGGACGAGUCAGAGGCCGUGUCGAGAAUCGUCGUGCCGGCUCAGCGACCCGGCGAGUCGAGCAUAUACGAUAUGUUCUCUCUUAGAGGCAUCAGAGUCGACCGAGCCCAACCCGGAUUCGUCGUCUGUACUCUUCAGGUCCCUCCCCGCCUCACUGAUAGAGCUGGAAAUUUGGCCCAAGGUGCAAUUGCAAACCUUGUUGAUGUAGUUGGUGCUUCUGUAGCAUAUAUUCACGGUCUCCCUAUGAAUGUUUCCGUAGACAUAUCUGUCUCCUACAUGUCAAAGGCAAAGCUUGAUGAUGAGUUAGAGAUCACCUCUCAAAGGUUAGGACGAAGAGGAGGAUAUUCUGGAGCAAUAGUGAUUCUGAGAAACAAAGCAACUGGAGAGGUUGUUGCUGAAGGUCGACAUUCAAUGUUUCGUCCUGCUGCUAAACUUUGAGGCCUUAUUAUAUAGGUUGGUAAUCCAGUUUGACUUCUCAUAACAAUACAAUUUAUUUACUCAUACAAAACCCAAUCUGUGAUAGUAUUUAGCACAAUACAAUCCAACUGGAUAGUACAAUCCUCUUCAAAUAUAUGUAACAUGCCAUUGAUUAGAGUUUUUCAUACAUGUAAGUUGCAAAUGUAACAAUUGAUAAAUUACCUGGUUUUGAGUCUUUUGACAAAUAAAACAUGUUCAAUCUUGAUGAGAAAUUAGACCUUUAUUCA